AUGAUUUCUGAUGAAACAAAAGAAAUAGUUUCUGAGAUGAGAUGUAUAGAAAUACCAGAAAGUGUUGUAUUCAAUAACAAAGAAAAUGAAUAUGAAAAGAAGAGUCUUUGUAUUUGUUGUAUUAAUGAAGAAAUGAAAAACAAAGGAAUUCAUAUUAACAACUAUAACAUUGAAAGAAUUGGAAUAAUUGCAAUGAAUGAAAUUAUGUAUGGAAGAGAAAGAAUUGAUAGUAUUCAAAUUAGAAAAGUGAAUAAUAAACAAAAGACAAUCAAAGAAGUGAUUGAAGAAGAAGAGAUGAAACAAGAAAAAUGUCAAAUUGAAAUAGGUAUAGGAGGAACAAAUAAUGAGAUGAUAAGUUUUGAUGAACAUGAAAUAAAACAAUACAAAGAAGAAAAGUAUAUUAUAUUUAUUAAAAAGAUAGAAGGAAUUAAAAAAAUUAAACAAGGAAGAAUUGAAAUUGAAAGUGAAGGAAUUAUAGAAAUGAACAAAGAAGAAAUGAAAAAGAUUAAAACAAUAAUAGAAACAAAAGAAAUUAUGAUAAUGUUUAAAACAAAAAAACAAAAUAAAAAAAUAAAUAUUUUGUUUAAUAAUAAAGGAGAAGAAUAUAAAGGAGUUAUUAAUUUAUCAACAAUAAGUUGUAAUAAAGAAGAAAGAAUAAUAAUUGGAUAUAAAAAAGAAAGAAAUAUUAGUAUAAUAUAUCUUGUUAUAGGAAAUUGUACACAAAAAGUUAAUUGUUUUGAAAUAUUUAAAUAUAAUGAAAAUGAAUUAAAUAAACUUUCUAAUUGUCAAUAUAAAUAUAAUGGAUAUGAAAUUAUAUUGUUUUUUCUUAAACAAAUACUGAUAAGAAAUGAUGUAAUAAAUAUAAAUAAAUUAACAUUUAUUAUAUCAAAAUUAUCAUCUAUUUCUUUUUUAUUAACUCAAAAAAUUAUUUCUCAAGUGAUUUCAACAAUUAUACAAAAGAAUGAAUUGAAAACAGAUCUUUUUAUACAAAUUAUUACUAAAUAUAUAGAAAAUAUCAAAACAACUUCUGAUUUUAAUAUAAAUCCAGAACCUUAUAUUAUAGGAAUUGGAUUUUUCAUUAAUAUGAUUUCACUUGUAUUAGAACAAGAUGAUAUAAAGAAAUAUUGUCAAUCAAAUAUUCAUCAAAUAUUAAUUCAUCUUAUCAAUACAUUUAUUAUUUUUAAAGAUUAUUGUAUAAAAUAUUAUUGUUUUAGAAAUGUAAGUUAUCAAUUUGGGAGAUUAAUUAAUAAAAUAAACACUAUAAUUAAUGAAGAAAUUCAACAAAUUAAUCAUCAAAUUGAUGUAUCAGAAUCUUUUAAUCAAUUCAUCAUUAAUCAAGAGUUUUACAAAGGAAUCUUCUCAAUAAAAACACAAAAUGAAGUAAUAAAUAAACAAUUUGUACAAUAUUGGAAAUAUAUUGUUGAAACAUUAAAAAUAUCAAAAAGAACAAGUUAUAUAAUUACAUUCUUAUUCUACAAUAAAGAAAUUAUAAAAAGAAUUAAUAAUAAAACAAAAGAAAUAUGUAUUAAAGAAUAUUUGAAAGAGAGUAAUAAUAUUGUAGAAUGGCAAAAUAAAGGAGAAGAAUGGGAACAUAUUAUCUUUUAUUGUUGUUUUUUGAUGAUGAUUCAGAAUAAUAAAAUAAUGAUGAAUGAAGAAGAAGAAGAGAAAAUGGCAGAUACAAUAAAAUUUAUUCUAAAAGGGUAUCAAAAAAUAGGAAGAGAUAUAAAAAUUGUAGAAAGAAUUAGAAAUACAGAAAUAGAUAUUGAUAGAAUGAUAAAGAGAGAAGAAAUAAAAGGAAGGAUAAGAUAUGAAGAAAGAGAGAAAAUAGAAAUAAAUAAGAAUGAAGAAUAUAAAUCUAUAAGAAGAAAUGAAAAGAAAGAAGAAGAAAAGUAUAAAAUAAUAGAAACAGAAGGAAAUAUUGGACGACCAAUGAAAAUGACAAUAACACUUAAAGAAAUUUAUAUUGAAAGUGGAAAAAUAAUCAUUCAAGAAGUUACUAAUAUAUUAAAUAAAAAAGAAGAAAUAAAAGAAAAAUAUAUUGAUAUAAUGGUAAAUCUAUUAUUUUAUAUUCCAAUGAGAAAUGAUUAUUUAGAUCAACUCAUUGAUGGAAUAGAUAAAAUAAUAAUAAGAGAAAAUAUAGAUUAUUUGAAAAUAAAAAUAUUUUCAUUUCCUUUAAUUAGAAAUAUCAUAAAAAUGAUGAAUGAUAAAGAAAAGACAAUUAGAGAGAAAUGUUAUAAAUAUUAUAAAAGAAUACUUGAAAUAGAUUAUAAAUAUCAUAAAACACUUUCAAAUACAACAUAUUAUUCAAUUACAGCAAUUACAGAACUUCAAUUAAAAGAAAGUAUAAAGUUAGAAGAAACAUUAGAAGCAGAAAUAAAGAAUAAAGAAGAAAAGAGUUUAUUUAAAAAUGAUAUAAAUAAAGUUAUCUUUCAAAUUAAAGAAAUUUUAAAUGUUUCACAUGAAUUAAUUAAAAUGGACAAAUAUAAAACAGAUAUGAAUCUUAUUCAAGAAAAAUAUAUUGAAAUUUCAAAGAAAUAUCAAAAGUAUCCAAGAUUAUAUUAUACAUGGAUUGAUAAAGUUGUUCAAACACAAGAAAAAAGUGGGAAUUAUAUUGAAGCAGGAAUUGGAAUGAAUAAAAUAAUUGAAAUAAUAUGGUAUUGUAUUAAACCAAUAAAAGAAGAUUA